CUUCAGCAACUGCUAUAUUUUACCUGUUGUGUGUCCAAGGUUGAACAACAAGCACUUCCUGCAAACAAUGAAACACAUGUCAAGUGUUGUGUUUGCCUCACAGAAAACACAAAGACAUAUCAGGCAUCCUCUUCAAACUUGGUUUUAUGAGGUUUGAUCAUGUUUUCUUCUCUGAGAUGGAUCGAUGGAUAUAUUCAUGUCUACAAGAUGAACUUCUUGAUGUAGAUGAUGAAAGCUCAGUGUUGGAUCAAGUGUACAACAUUAAUCGCUCAGAGUUUUCCCAGCUUUCAAAUGAUGAUAUGAAAGAGUUUCAGAUGUUCCUGCAAUCAGGAUUAUCCAAGUCCAAAGUCAGCAAAGAGUAUGUGAGGAAACUUAAAUCCUUACCAAUAUUUGAAACAACACAAGGUGAACGAGUGAGGAUUGAUGGACCUAAGAAGGUUUUCAUCCUCAAAAUCAAAUAUUCAGUCAUAUUUCCAGAUUUGUUCAACCUACCUACAAACAGCAGCAUUUUUCUGAAACACAACUCUGAGAACUACACACUGUCACAAACACUCAACAUUCAGGUCCUGGAUGAUUUGGAGUAUUUCAUGAAGUUCAUUCUACCUGUUGUGCACCAACUCACAGAGUCACAGAUUCUUCACAGCCUCAAACUGUUGCUGUCACUACGUUACCCUUUGAAGGAAAGGGAAACUAUCAUCUCCUCACUGAAGACAGUGAAACUGAUUCGCAGUUCUCAAGGUAGACUGGAGCCUGCAUCAUACUACUUUGAUGAGAGAGUGGAGCUGUACAAACGGAUGUUGCCCCACGAGAGAUUUGUACCUGAGAGAUUUUGGACUGAACUGUGUGAAGGAGAUGACUACACAACAGAAAAAGCAAAAGAGCUGGUCAGAAAACUUGGAAUGAAGCAUGUUGUGUCAGCGGACGAGAUAAUACAUUUUGCAUACCAGCUGGAAUCAGAAGCAAAAGUUAACAGAAGACUCAAAGACAUGAAACUAAAAUCAUCAUUACUUUUCAGGGAAGCCUUAAAUAAAGCAUGUGAUCCCAAAGACAACAAGGAAAGGUUGCUGGAAAGCAUUGCUGACAUCAAAUUCAUUUUUCCAGUUAUGAUUCGAAAAGAACUGUCCAACUACCACCAACCAUUUGCUCCUGAAGGAACUACUGUUAAAAUUAGAGGCUCGUUGAUUGAGAAAAAUCCAGAGCAUCAAGAUUUGAUUUGGACCUCCAUGCCAAUUAUAGACCUCCCAAUUAUAGACCUACCAUUUAUGUCACAAGGUCUUCAGAAAAUGAUAAAAAAUGUUGGAGCUCAUGAAGAACCACCUCCAAACUGUGUUGCCAGUAACAUAAGAAACAUCUGUCAGUCACCAUGUGAAACUGACCAGCUGAUCAAAACACGAGCUAAAGUGUUCAGAAGUUCCUACGCUUACCUGCAAGCAAAAAGAUUUGAAGGAAACCAGCUGGCUGGUCUUCCUGUUGUGUUGGUUGAAAAAGACACAAAACUUGUGACGGUUGAUGACGUGUGUCUGUCGCUCUCCUAUGAUCGUGACUUCAGACCAUAUCUGUACAAGAUUACUCCAGAAGAUGCAAUGUAUGCACCGUUCUUUCAGAAAAUUGGUGUGAAGAAGAAAGCUACUGCAGAGCAAUAUUGUAAUGUUUUGGCAGCAGUUUACGCUGAUUCCUGUGAUAAACAAAAACUACAUUCAAACCAGCUGAGAACUGUGAAACGAGCUGUUGAGCAGUUGUUUAAGUUAAUCAGUGCUCAGGGAAACCAGACGCUUCUUGAAAAUGUUGAGACUCUGUAUCUUCCUGCAGUAGAUGGUAAAUUAUACCCAUCAUCCACACUCUGCUACAACGACACAGUGUUUGAGACCAAAAGGUUGGAAGAAGCACUGGAGAACAAGUUCCUGCUGCUUGAGAAACUCAGUGAAUGUCAUUUGGGCAACGACAAAUACAAGCAUCAUCAGCUGUUGCAACUGCUGCCUCAGAAAUUUCAGCCAAAGAUGCUGUCUGAGUUCACAGAGGAAAGAGUUGUGGAAUCAAAGAUGCAGCGUUGUGAACUUGGGACUGGCUGUGAAUUUAGCGGAUGGUUUGCUAAACAUCUCUCCUCGGGAACCUUUAAAUAUGGAUUCAUUUGUCUUAUUAGAGAUAAUUCUCAAGGCAAAAUAAUACAAGAAGAUGCCACUAAAAUGUGUGAGAAGACUUUUGGCAGUAUACAGAUUAUCUGCUGCAAAACUUUGGAAACAGCUCUCUGGCUCAAUAAACAGCCCCUUCCCAAAACUGAUGAAGAAACAGAUGUUUUUGUGAAACGAGAGCAACAAGGGUGUACCUUUUACUUAAAGCACAAUGAUGACAUGGCUCUCAAAGUGAUAAAUGAAGUCAUCAUGACACUGACAAAAGAGAUUAAUGCUCUUUUAGGAAACAGAAUUGCAUCGGUUCACCUUCCAGUGCUGGGACAACUCCUCAUGUGUGACGAUCUGCAAGAUGUUCGGAAAACUCUGGCUAAACAUCAGAUCCGUGACAGUGCUGAAACUGAAAGUUCCUCUUUUGGUCCAGCAGCCCCUGGGACAGAGGUUCCAGAAGAAUGGCAUGAUUGUUUGGACAUGAAUGUCCUCAACAACUUUGAAGAGGGGGAAUAUGUUGGCUACAGCAUUGAUGACAAGUACAUUUAUGCAGUUAUUGUUGAAGAACUGCCUGGUCACAAUGGACGAUAUUCAUGGAGAUACAAAAUAGAAGUAGGAGAAGAUGAGCCCACUGAAGUCAGCUGUGUCGAUCUGUUUCAGUUUAAACGAGAAAAGAAGGUAAAAACAGAAAGGAGGAAAUGCAUGGAGCCAGGACCACAGAAGAAGACGCUAAAACCAGAAGAAAACACUUGCAUGGAGCUGGAACCACUGACAGGAGCUGUGCCACAUUCUUCUGAAUCGUCAACAAAUUCUUUACCAGCCUCUGUUGAGGAAGCUAAAAGGGAAAUUGAUAAAUGUUUGACAGAGAUCUGGAGGCUUCCUGAGGAGGAGAGGCACAAAGCCAUCAAGAGGCUGUACCUCAGGUGGCACCCUGACAAAAAUCCGGAUUGCCAGUCUCUCGCCAAUGAGGCAUUCAAAUAUUUACAGAAUCAAAUUGAUGAGCUUAGCAAAGGCACAGUCAAAGCUGCAGGAUCGACCUUUUCAAGCAGAAAUACAAAUUUCAGAGGCUUCUAUCAACAGUGGAAUCAGGAGGCCAGGUAUCACAGAAAUAGUCGAGAGAGGUUCUCUAGAGGCUAUAGAGGUUUCCAUUCCUACAACUUCUGGACCCACAAUGAAAAUGUCCCAAGGCCAGACAGAGAAGAGGCCAGGCGCUGGUGUAGACAGGCUCGCUGCGAUCUCAAUGCAGCUCACAAAGACACUGGUGGAGGGAGCACAGAGUGGUGUCUGUUUAAGGUCCAUCAAGCAGUGGAAAAGUCUCUUAUAGCAGCAUGCUAUAAAAGAAAUGGACAACGCCCCAACAGCAGCUCAAUUUCAGCCACUGCUGCACAAGUUUCCCGCUACAGCCUCCAACUGAGAGAUCUGCCUGAGAUUGUGAAAAACCUGCAGACACUCGGGGUGGAUCCUAAAAGGACUCAAUAUCCCAACUGCCAUCCAUAUCCUCACAUACCAAACGGACAAUUCAGAUCAGAGAAUGAAAUGCUGGCACUGAACAAGGCAUCUGAGCUCCUUAAUAAAAUAGAAGCAUAUGUGAAUUAAGGAUUUAAAACAAGGUAUUGGUCAGUGUAACUGGUUUUCUACAUGUUAAAAGUAAUGUAAUGUAAAGUGUAAAACUGAAAUAUUAUUUAACAUCAGAAAGAAAAAAGAAAACUUUUAUUUUACUUAUUUGUCUCACUUCUCAUACUCAGUACUUAUUAUUAUGUUAUGGUGUGCAUGUAUAUGUAAACACACUGAAGAAAAUUGUAAGUACUAAAUUACUUUAUUUUGGAUUCUUGUCAUUUAAAGCUGCUUAUUGGUGAUAUCGAUAUAUUCUGUGUUAUGAAAAUGAAAACAUCAGAUGUUCUUUGUAAGUCUUGUUGACACUGUUGACUACUCUCUGAGAUCAAAACAGUCACUCAGUGAAUUUCUUACUGUUUGUUAAAAACCUGCCUUGGAUCAAUAUACUCACUGUAUGCUUGUAAUGUAAAUGCAAAUAUGCAGUUUUGGUGUUUUAAAGUUAUGACUAUUUGCUGAGAGACAGUAUAACUACCGCAUACUGAUUUUUACUUGUAUCCAGUUUUGUCUUCUGAAAAACUUAAAAUCUUUAAACUUAAAUCCACAUUGCAAUUGGGGAAUUUUUGUUUUGUUUUCCUUUUUUUUUUUUAAAUAUUUGC